GGUGUCCUUAGCCACUUCCGGCGUGGCCAUGGCGGCUAACGCGACCACGAACCCGUCCCAACUCCUGCCACUAGAGCUUGUGGACAAAUGUAUAGGAUCAAGAAUUCACAUUGUGAUGAAGAGUGAUAAAGAAAUUGUUGGUACACUUCUAGGAUUUGAUGACUUUGUCAAUAUGGUGUUGGAAGAUGUCACAGAAUUUGAAAUUACACCGGAAGGAAGAAGAAUUACAAAAUUAGAUCAAAUUCUACUAAAUGGAAAUAAUAUAACAAUGCUGGUUCCCGGAGGAGAAGGGCCUGAAGUAUGAAUGGAUUUCCUUGACUUACACUAGAUUCUGGCUUUGUUUUCAAACCUUUAAUGCUUAGAUUCUAUAAAUGAAGUUUCCGUUAAAGGGAAACUCUUUGAAGAUAUACAUCCAUUUUUCUAAGCUAAUCAUGGUUAUUUUGGGAAAAGAAGAAUUUUGUUUUGUCUUGUUUUUUUUAAAGACUAAAAAAUAAAAAUGUUUUUCGUUA